GCCAUGUGACUCGAGAUAAACAUUCUAUCAGAAUGUCCUGGAAUUUGAUACAAAGUAGCCAUCUUAAGCUUCUCUCUUCAGAAUUAAACAUUGUAACUAGCAACUAGACAUGUAAACCCGUGUUGAGUAGGCUACAUAUUUUUUAUAGCAACUUGUUGAUACGCUAACUUUAUGAAUAUGAUAGAAAGGAAUGCAACCAACACCUGGAAAUACACCGAAAGUUUACCGAAUAUUCGAAGGGCUGGGAAACUUAUUCCUGUAGGUGACAGAGCUAAGACUUGCUUACAAGAAAUAUCACCCAAGCCCCAAACCCCACCAGUAGUGAGGAAGUUUCUCAACACAACACGCCCAGGUGCAGGGGCUAUCCGAGUGUUCCAUGGGAAAGCCAACGACCCUGAUAUUGCCAGUACUCUAGUUCAUGGAGUGAGCAGCCAAUCUUCUAUUUCUGGUGGAUUAGUGAUCAACCCACCACCUAAGACCAUCUAUCAACAGAGGUUACAUCAGCUCAGUGAAGCUGGGUAUUCCACCAAUCAAAAAGCCCCCCUGGGCAGGUCACAUGAUCAAAGCCCUGGGCUUCCAAAUUGUCUCGACAUUGGCAACGCCACAUUUGGUGUGAAAUCCCCCAAAAGUGCAGCUGCAGGUGUGAUUAUCAACCCACCUAAAUGUGCGGAGCAGGUGGCGACAGAGGCUCAGGAGGGACACCAGUCUUAUAUCCGCUCCCACAAUGCCUACUUUGUCGGUGAACAGGUUGAUAGGAAAUACAAGUGGAGCCAUUAUGGAAAGGAUGGCAGGUUCGGAGUGCCUACUCCCCACCACAACGAUGGACGCAGUGUCUCCAAAUCUCUCCACUGGUUGUGUGAUACUCAGAAGCAUAACAGUGCAAAGUUUGUUUCUCGGAGAUGUGAUGACUUCAGGGAAAGGACACAGCCACAGAUUGGCAAAGUGCAUGACCCCAUAGCAGACACAUUGAAAGUGCCAGUAGGUCACACAUUUGGAAUCUUGAUGCGGCCAGAUGACUUUGGUGCAGGUGACCUUCUCCACUCAACCCCUCCAGCAGAGUACCAGAAAGGCACAGACAGACGGCGCACCCUGGUCAGUGCUGUACGCCAGCACCUCAAGAAGGUCAACUUCCACCACUUUAACUCCCUGCUGCAGGCCUUCAGGCACUACGACAAGAAGGGUCAGGGUGUGAUCGACAAGGAGGACCUGCAGGACGUGUGUCGUCAGUUUAACCUGGACCUGAGUGGGCCGAUGCUGGAUGACUUGAUGGAGUACUGUGACGUGGACAAAGACGGACUCAUCAACUUUCUGGAGUUUGCCAACUUCCUUAACUGGAAGGACAAAAUGCCCAUCAGUAAAGUGGAGCAGCGCAUUCUGACCAGUGAGUGUAAGACUAGCACAGCCCCAGAUAACAUGCAGAGAGAGACUCUCCCUGUGAGACCUGCAGCCUCAGAGGCUUUGGCCAGACCAGAGGACCUGGAGCCUGCAGAGGUGGGCAGCAUGCUGAAGACCCCCAAGACCCUCAACAGACCCAGGACCAUCCAGGACCGCUUCAUCACCUCCUCCUCUCUCAUCCGGGCUGUCGUGGGUGGUCUCCCUACAACUGACUAUCGUAUGUACGGGACUCCCACAGUGCGCACCGACCUGGCGGCCCCGCGGAUCAAGCGCGUCAGCGACAGCACUAACUACGGUGACCAGACCACAGCCUUUGACCUCCUGUAUCCUACGCUGCACUCCCUAAGGGGAGUCCACAAGGAGCACUUCUUCUGCCCCCGCACCAAAGAGGAGAUUGCUGACAUAUUCCGAAAUGUGGGCGUGAGUAUUUCCGCGGAGACAUUUGAGGAGGUGUGGAAACUGGCAUCCAUGAGACACCCCACUGGGGACGUGUGUGUGGAGAUUUUCCGGGACGUUCUAAAGGAAAUUCAAGCUAAUUAAAUCUGAAUAGUAUCUUUUACCACCUCAGUAUCUAUUCCGUGAAAGAAUGUACUUCAAGUAUUACAUAUACUACAUAAGUGUUAUACUUCUUUUUUUCCUGUGAGAAUAACUAUUAAUUGUCAUAUUAACUGUCAUUAAAAUUAUUUUUGAUUGUGGACUAUAAUGUAUUUUCUUAUGUUGAGAGCAAUAAGCUGUUGCUAGAAUAAGUAAUACAUUUUUUCUGCUUCAAACUACUGCUAACUGAAUGCUUACCCUUCCUGCAUGUGAUAAUACACAGUAUCUACUCCUGAAACCUAAGUAAAUAUUGAGAAUUAUGAGUACCA